UUUUUCCAAUCGAUCGCUUUCUUCGUCUAGUUGAUCACUCCACGUUCUCUAGAAUUAGGGUUUCGUAUAAAAAUGGCGGCAGCUCCACCCAACUCCGUUCAAUGCUUCGGCCGGAAGAAGACGGCGGUUGCGGUCACACACUGCAAGGCUGGUCGUGGUCUAAUCAAGAUCAAUGGUGUUCCAAUCGAGCUCGUCCAGCCUGAAAUCCUCCGUUACAAGGCGUUUGAGCCGAUUCUCCUUCUUGGUCGUCACAAAUUUGCUGGCGUAGACAUGAGGAUCCGAGUCAAAGGUGGAGGUCACACUUCUCAGAUCUACGCAAUUCGUCAGAGUAUCUCUAAAGCGCUCGUCGCUUAUUACCAGAAGUUUGUCGAUGAAGAACAGAAGAAGGAAAUAAAGGAUAUUCUCGUGAGAUAUGACCGAACACUACUUGUUGCUGAUCCUAGGAGGUGCGAGCCGAAGAAGUUUGGUGGUCGUGGUGCUCGUGCGAGGUUUCAGAAGUCUUACCGUUGAUCAAAACAGAGUAAUUCAUGUCAUUUUUAUCCUAGCAUAUUUCAUUUUUGUUAUGUUGCUUUUUGAUAGUAUGUUGAGACGUGAGACACGAAAUUGUUGUUCUUCUGCUAGAAAUUUUGAUUGAAUUGGUUUGAUCUUUUCCGUUCUA